AUGGUCAACCAACGGAGCCCAGUAAAGGGCCCUUUGCGCCCGAUCAACCCAAACGAGGACUCACAGUCCUCGACCACACGCGAAGUGCCCAAGACAGGCACCCCUACCAAGAAGCUUCGCGGUGUCCCUCGUGAGCCACUCCGACUCGAGAGCAGCGACUCACCAUCUUUCGACCCCGAUGCCCUCACUGCUAGAUUUGACGCAAUGCGCGUGUCAACAACACCGAAAUCGAACCCCCCCGCGGCGGUUCCAAACACGUCUGUACAACGCAGUCAGCCGUUUCAACGCCCAACCAGCCCUGACCUUGUAGAGAUAACCCGCGACGACUUCAAGCAACCGCCUCGACCAAGCUCCAAGGAAAGCGACGCGAGCUCGCACAACAAAUCAAUACUGCCCUCCGAUGCGCUGGAAUCCUUCUUCUCCGAUACCAAGCGUCGCGAUGCCUUCCAUCCUUCGUCAUCACACCAGCCAGUGUUUGGCCACCCGACUAAGAUCUUGUCCUCUCUUAAACAAAAGGCUACAGGCAUCUUCAACGAACGCAGAUCUCGACCUGAGCACCACAGAGCCCAAAACGUAGCCGUACCAUCUGUCCCUCUAUACCAAGACAAGAAACCGGAGCCGCGCACUUUGUACAGCUCCAUUGGCCCCGACGCCAAUCCCUCCACGUACAGACCCCCCGGCAGCUUCGGAGAAGCCGAGUUCUACACCGACCCGGCGAAAGCCUCAGCCGAUCUGAAGGCACUGCUGGAGGGUGGGAUGGAGUCAGACGAUGAGGAAGCCCAGAAAAAGGAAGCCGAAGAGACUGUUAACGAUGGCACUAUGGAGGGUCUCAAGGUGAAGCUCCUUCCCCACCAGGUUGAAGGUGUUGAGUGGAUGCGAGGUCGCGAGCUCGGCCCGGUCAAGAGAGGCAAGGUUCCCAAGGGCGGUAUUCUGGCAGACGACAUGGGUCUCGGUAAGACUUUACAAACCAUCUCCCUGAUUCUCAGCAAUCAGAAGCCUGCCAAAGGCGAAAAGGGUUACAAAAAGCACUUCGAGGGCAUCGAAAGAACGACACUUGUAGUCGCGCCUCUGGCCUUGAUCAGGCAAUGGGAGUCGGAAAUCAAGGAAAAGGUGGCCAAGACGCAUGGGCUCAAUGUCUGCGUUCAUCAUGGACCCCAGCGCACCAAGAGAUUCAAGGAUCUCGCCGCCUACGAUGUGGUCGUCACCACUUACCAAGUCUUGGUCUCUGAAUGGGGCCACUCGUCCGAGGAUGAGAACGGCGUCAAGGCAGGAUGUUUCGGCCUCCAUUGGUGGCGUGUAGUACUCGACGAGGCACACACCAUCAAGAACCGGAAUGCAAAGUCGACAAAAGCGUGCUACGCACUGCGAUCCGAGUACCGGUGGUGUUUGUCGGGAACGCCAAUGCAAAACAACCUGGAAGAGUUGCAGUCCCUUAUCAAGUUUUUGCGGAUCAAGCCUUAUGACGACCUGAAAGAAUGGAAGGAGCAGAUUGAGAAGCCUUUGAAGAACGGCAAAGGACACGUUGCUAUUCGCCGCCUUCACAGUCUCCUACGGUGCUUCAUGAAACGUCGUACCAAGGACAUUCUCAAGGAGGAGGGAGCUCUGAACCCGGGUGGCAAGCCAACGAAAGAGGGAGAAAAGUCUAGCACAGGUUUCAAGGUCACCGAACGCAAGGUUGUCACUGUCGCCACAACGUUCUCUCCUGCCGAGCGUCGCUUCUAUGACAGGCUUGAAACCCGAGCUGACGAAAGUAUCGAGAGAAUGCUCAAGGGGAAGGUCGACUACGCUAAUGCUUUGGUUCUCCUUCUGCGGCUCAGACAAGCUUGCAAUCACCCCAAGCUACUGGAAGGCAAGCUCGACAAGGACAAGGAUGCAUUGUCCACCGACACAUCCAACAAGAACUCGUCAGCAGACGUUGACUCCCUCGCCGAUAUGUUUGGCGGGAUGGGCAUCGCCACAAAGACGUGCGGUAUCUGCGGGCGAAACCUUCCCAAGGAUGUUGUCAACAGCGACAGAGACACUUGCCAGGAGUGCUACGAUGACCUGGCCUACUUUAAGGAGCAUGAGACGCCAAAGAGGAAGAAGCCUAAGCACAAGAAGGCCAAAGUCAGAAGCAUUGUGAAGAACUCCGUGGCAGCCGGCGGCGAAGAUGAGACGCCGUACAAGCCCAAAGCACGUCGGCCCCGGAAUAGGAACGUCGUUCUCGAUAGUGACGACGAAGAAGCAGAUGGAAGCUGGCUCGUACCCGAGGAUCAGCGUGAUCAACUACGGCUAGGCAAGACCGGCGGCGAGGAGGACGAAAAUGCAGAGGGCGGCGGCGACUGGAUUGGAUCCGACGACUCCCAGCACGAUUCCGAGAAUGAGGAAGGCGGCAGUCAGCUUGAUAGUUUCGUUGUCAAGGACGACGAAGCCGAGCGUGGGCGAGACGUGGAAGAGAGUUACGCAUCGGAUGACAGCCUCCCUUCGAUAACGGCGAUAGCGUCGCAGGUCAAGGAGGAGAAGCUCAAGUCGUCGCCGUCAUCUCAGACCGACUCUGAAAGUGAAACAGACUCAGACGAGGACACCGGCGUGGAUGAGUCGGAGAUUUAUUCUGAUGACGACACGAACUAUAACCCCAACGGCCAGGUGUCUCAGAUCCUAGCCUCCGCCAAGAUCCGUCAGAUGAUGCAGAUCCUGCACAAGGAGGUUGAUCAACACAAGUUCAUCGUCUUCUCGCAGUUCACUUCCAUGAUGGACCUCGUUGAGCCCUUCUUCCGCAAGGAGGGUUUCAAAUUCACUCGGUACGACGGCAGCAUGAAGAACGACGAGCGGGAAGCCAGUCUGCACCGUCUCCGUAACGAUAAGAACACGCGCAUCUUGUUGUGCAGUCUCAAGUGCGGCAGCUUGGGUCUCAACCUGACGGCAGCCACUCGUGUCAUCAUCCUGGAGCCCUUCUGGAACCCCUUCGUCGAAGAGCAAGCUAUUGACCGAGUCCACCGCCUCACGCAGACAGUCGACGUCGUUGUCUAUAAGCUUACUGUUGAGAAGACGGUCGAGGAGCGUAUCCUCGCGCUGCAGGAGAAGAAGCGUCUGCUCGCUGAGACGGCCAUCGAGGGUGGUAUGAAGAAGGACGCCUUCAGGCUCGGCUUCAAGGAGAUUAUGGACCUGUUCCGCCGCGACGCAUCCGGCGCGGCGUCCCGUGGCGACGAUAGCUACGUAGAGCCGUCUUCGCGCACCACCUCCGCGAGGACCAGCAGGCAGGGCUCUCCCGAGACCAGCUUGCUGGCCAGUAAGACUAGGAAGGCGCCCAAGAAGACCGAGCAUGAGAUGUUUGGCCGGCGAUGGUAA